GCCAAUCUGGACAAGAGCCCAAACCGUUUAGAUUUAGUAUAGUGGGCCAAUGAAAAGCAAUAUAUAUGGGCCUGCCCAAACCCGGUAGAGUUGUGAACCUGACUAGGGUUUUUGCGUUUCGUCAUUGGAAUAACAAAGGGGUUUAAAACUUGUUAGGGUUUUUGGGUUUGUUCAGUAGAGGAUUGAAAGCUUGAAAUCCUUAGACAAGUGAGAAAUGGAUCCCUUUUCUUCCCCAUCGCCUGGAUCUUCUUCCAGCCAAUUCAAUCCCGAUGUCUUCAAGGACCAGCUCAAGAACCAGCUUGCCCAGGCUUAUGCCGAGGAAUUCCUUGAGACUCUGAGGGCAAAGUGCUUUGAUAAGUGUGUUACAAAACCAGGAUCAAGCAUGAGUGGAGGUGAGAGCAGUUGCAUUUCUAGAUGUAUGGAUCGGUAUGUUGAGGCCACAGGUAUCAUUAGUAAAGCUCUAUUUAGUGGACCACCACAAUGAACAUUUUGAGGCUUGAAAAAUUUCUUGAAGAAACAGGGUCAAAACAUUUGAGCAAAAAAGCUUAGAUACCCAUGAAAGCAUAAGAGACAUUUGUUUCAUAUAUUUCUAUUCGAACCUAUUCUUUUAUCAUGGGGUUAUAUGUUUUAACUUAUAUGCAAUCUCUUUAAUUUACUGUCAUCACUGGUUGAAUAACUUAAAUUCUUGGAUCAUCAUAAUGGAUAGUUUUCAUGUAA